AUGCCAGUUUAAGGUUACGUAUUAAAAUCGAAUUAACUAAAUAUCAAUUCAAAUUUCAAAAGCAGGAAAGUUUUGGUUGAAAUUAUUGAAAUAAUCAAUAAUAUAUUUAGUUUAAAAAAAUUGUAAUUUACUAUUGUUGUGGUGUUCCAAAAAAAAAAUCAUUCACAAUUUUUUGAACUACCUAUUAUGGGAGUAGCUGGAUCUCAUUUUACGAAGCGCAUACGAAGGUUUAACGUAGUCGAACGGACAGAACGAGUAAUAAACAAAGAUAAACCUAUACCAGCGCCAUUGCAUAAAGCAGACGCUGAUCGGCUGAAACACCUUCUUGAAAAUGAUCCACAACUGAAAGAAGAGCUAGUGAAUAAAAAUUCAACUCUUGGAAAAAAUUUACAAAGUGUUUAUGUUACAUCCAAAGGUGAUUUACCUAAUGUUUACCCCACAUCAAAAGCCAAGUUGCCACAAAAUCGAGCACAAGAAUUUAAUACGGCGUUCACGUUUCAAGAACCAGAAAAUGUUCCUCCAGGACGGUAUACACUUACUCAAAUUACUGAAUGUAUAGCUGAUCAUUAUAAAGAUAAAAAAAUAUACUCAUCACAAGUUUUAGCUGAUCGAGUUAAAAUUGAUAAGAAAUUAAUGGAUAAUAUACUAAAAUACUACAGGGUAUUUGAUAUGUAUAUACCAGAAAAGAUGGUAGAAAAGAAGACUUCAAGUAAAUUUUUCAUUAGUAAUGCCAUUGACAAGAUUAGACAAAACUUAGAAAUAGAUAAAUAUAAUAAUGAACGAAAACAGAUUGGUAAAGAUUAAAAUGCACCAAAGAAUAAUGUUAGUCAGGUGCUAUAACAUAAUUUCUUUAUUGUAAAAAUUGUUAAAUUGUGUUACAGUUUGAUGAUAAAAGUACUUUAUGUUUACUUUUAUGGUUUUAUGCUGUUUCUUAUGUUAUGUAAUGAUUUUAUUUUUAAUAAAAUAAAUAGUUCUAUGCAUUCUAGAAGAAAGUUAUUCUGUAUGACAUUUUAUGAUACAAAAUUUAACAUUUUUAAGUACAUAUGGAGAUAUUAGUAUUAAUUGUGACAUUUAUGCCGGGUUGCACGAACAAUCACUAAACAUUUAAUGAAUCAAUAGCGAACUAAUGGUCUUUUAAACAUAAUU